AUGGUGGAUAUAAAUAGGCAGAGUGAGAGAGGAGUGUUGUUGGGUCUUAUGUUUGGGAGUGAAUGAGGAGAAUUCUGGCGGUGUUACCUUAUUUCUGCUUCUGAUUUCCUUUCAUUUGAGGGAUUUGUUCGUUGCCCAUCUUUCCUUUUCUUCAUCUUAAGCUGUUAAUGGCGAGGUGGGUUUUAUCUGAAUGUGGUGUUAAGACCCUUCCCGGGUUCUACCAUCACCCAUCUAGGAAUGGGAUUGCUUCCAGAACUUACAUGGUUUCUGAGAUUAGGCCGCCAUUGUUGGCCUCUAAACCUCACAUUCUUCGCUCUUCUUUGGGGCUUUUCACUUCAUGUAAAGGGAAGAAUUGGGCGCUGAAUGUGAGUGCUCCUGAGAGAGUUGCUUCUGUUGAUGAGGUUGAUGAGAGGGAGAGAGUUGAUGUGGUUAAUGGGGUUGAGGGUGAGGGUGAGGGUGGUAUUGACCUAAGCGCUGCUCCGCCGUUUCGGCUGUCCGAUAUUCGGGCCGCCAUUCCUAACCAUUGUUGGGUCAAGGAUCCUUGGAAAUCAAUGAGCUACGUUGUGAGGGAUGUGGUUGUGGUAGUUGGAUUGGCGGCUGCUGCUGCUUACUUCAACAAUUGGGCUGUUUGGCCUCUUUACUGGCUUGCUCAAGGGACCAUGUUCUGGGCUCUGUUUGUUAUUGGUCAUGAUUGUGGCCAUGGAAGUUUCUCCAAUGACCCAAAACUGAAUAGUGUUGUUGGCCAUAUUCUUCAUUCUUCAAUCUUAGUUCCAUAUCAUGGAUGGAGAAUAAGCCACAGAACUCAUCACCAGAACCAUGGUCAUGUUGAAAAUGAUGAAUCAUGGCAUCCUUUGACUGAGAAACUUUAUAGGAGUUUGGAUAAAGCAACAAAAACAUUGAGGUUCACCUUGCCUUUCCCCAUGCUUGCAUAUCCUUUCUAUCUGUGGAGUAGAAGUCCUGGAAAGAAAGGCUCUCAUUUCAACCCGAACAGCGAUUUGUUUGUACCAAGUGAGCAGAACAAUAUCCUUACAUCCACUGCCUGUUGGGCUGCAAUGGUUGCUCUGCUUGGAUGUCUAACUGUAGUGAUGGGUCCCCUUGAAGUCCUCAAACUCUAUGGCAUUCCCUAUGUGAUUUUCGUCAUGUGUCUAGACAUUGUGACAUACCUGCAUCACCACGGUCACGACGAUAAACUUCCUUGGUAUCGUGGAGAGGAAUGGAGUUACUUAAGAGGAGGAUUAACCACUCUCGACCGCGAUUAUGGAUGGAUCAACAACAUUCAUCACGACAUCGGAACUCAUGCCAUUCACCAUCUCUUCCCUCAGAUCCCACACUAUCACUUGGUAGAGGCAACCGAAGCAGCAAAACCAGUGCUCGGAAAGUAUUACCGGGAACCAGAGAAAUCUUGGCCUCUCCCAUUGCACUUAUUUGGAGUUCUUGUAAAAAGCAUGAAAAGUGAUCACUUUGUGAGCGAUACUGGGGACAUUGUAUAUUAUCAGACCGACCCCGACCUUUCUUGA